AUGCCGCUCACAUUGGAGAACCAAGUCAGCCCUGGUGUGGGCUCUGGCCGUAGGCCCCUGUCCAGGGAGGCCCAGUCAGGCUGGGGUGCUGGCAGAGGCAGACAGCAGCUGCUCCCAGCCAGAUGCCCAGCUGUUGGCGCAAGCCCCAGUCGUCUCCAGGGACCAGAGAUCAAGGGGCAGGGACCGAGAGAUGGGGUAAUGCAGGAGCUCAUCCAGGGCAUGAUGUAUACAGUACAGCAGCCCGCCAGACCAGGUUUCCAUGUAUCAGAGACUAUUAAUCUGUUUGUCACCCAGCCCCAUGCAUCUGUCACCAAGACGACAGGGCCAGGAGCCUGGACAGGGGUCCAGGCCAUGUUCUCCCAGCAGCCCCAGGACCUGGUGGUGGUGGCCGGCCAGCCCGUCACCCUGCCCUGCUCCAUUCCUGGCUACCAUGGUGUUGUCCUUUGGAUCAAAGAUGGCCUGGCUCUAGGCGUUGGCAGAGACCUAUCAGGCUACCCUCGUUACACAGUGAUUGGGGACCACAGUACAGGGGAACACCACCUCCGGAUCCAACGUGUGGAGCUGAUGGAUGACGCUGUCUUUGAGUGCCAGGCAAUCCAGGCAGCCAUGAGGUCCCGCCCUGCCAGACUCACUGUGCUGGUGCCUCCUGAGGACCCAGUGAUCCGUGGUGGUCCGGUGGUGAGCCUGAGAGCAGGAGAUCCCCUAAACCUGACCUGCCACGCUGACAACGCCAAGCCAGCAGCAUCCAUCAUCUGGAUCCGCAAUGGAGAGGUCCUCAAUGGAGCCAUGUACUCCAAGACACUGCUUCGUGAUGGAAGGAGGGAGAGUACGGUUAGCACCCUCUACCUGUCUGCCUCCAACAUCGAGACAGGCCAGCAGAUCAUCUGUCGAGCGUCCAACAAGGCUGUGCCCAACGGCAAAGAGACCAGCGUCAACAUUGACAUCCAACAUUUGCCACUUGUCAAUCUGUCAGUGGAGCCUCAGCCCAUUCUGGAAGGAAACCUUGUCAAGUUCCACUGCUCGGCCAAGGCUAACCCACCCGUCACACUGUACAGGUGGGCCAAAGGAGGCAAUGUGAUAAAGGAGGUCUCUGGGGACACCUAUGAGGUCAUUGUGGACCAUUCCUUCUUCACCGAGCCAGUCUCCUGUGAGGUCACCAACCCUCUGGGCAGCACCAACAUCAGCCGCAACGUCGACGUCUACUUUGGUCCACGCAUGUCUGCAGAGCCCCAGUCCUUACAGGUGGAUCUGGGGUCUGAUGCUGUAUUCAACUGUGCUUGGACUGGAAACCCCUCCCUCACCAUCGUCUGGAUGAAGAGGGGCUCUGGGGUGGUACUAAGCAACGAGAACAUCCUGACACUCAAGGCUGUGAGGCAGGAAGAUGCUGGGAAAUAUGUGUGCCGUGCCGUGGUUCCGCGAGUCGGCGCCGGGGAGAAGGAGGUUUCUCUCACCGUCAACGGCCCACCCACCAUCUCUAGUACCCAGACACAUCAGGCUCUCCAUGGGGAGAAGGGCGAGAUCAAGUGCUUCAUCCGGAGCACUCCACCUCCAGACCGCAUUGCCUGGUCAUGGAAGGAGACAGUGCUGGAGUCAGGGACAUCUGGCCGCUACACAGUGGAGACGGUCAGCACCGAGGAAGGAGUCAUCUCUACUCUGACCAUGAGUAACAUCGUCCCUGCAGACUUCCAGACCAUCUACAACUGCACAGCCUGGAACAGCUUUGGGUCUGACACGGAGAUCAUCCGUCUCAAGGAACAAGAGUCUCUCCCGGUGGCGGUCAUCAUCGGGGUGGCAGUUGGGGCCUUGGUGGCUUUCAUCGUCCUCAUAGGGACCAUCGGAGCUUUCUGUUGUACCCGCUCUCAGAGAAAUCUGAAAGGGGUGGUGUCGGCCAAGAACGACAUCCGAGUGGAGAUUGUACACAAAGACCACAACGCGGCACGGGAAAAUGAGGAGCACACCGCCAUGAAGCAACUGAUGGUAGAACGCGGGGAGUUCCAGCAGGAGUCAGUGCUGAAGCAGCUAGAGGUGCUGCAAGAGGAUGAGAAAGAGUACCAGCAUAUCAAGGACCCCACCAAUGGAUACUACAGUGUCAACACCUUCAAGGAGCACCACUCCACCCCCACCAUCACCCUUCAAGGUAACCAGACUACAGAGAUGCGGAAUCCCACCGCUGCCACCACCGGGGGCAAGCAGCGGGUACCCACGGGCAUGUCCUUCACCAACAUCUACUCCACCCUAGGUGCUGGGCCAAACCGCCUGUACGACUACAGCCAGCGCUUCGUGCUGGGCAUGGGCAGCAGCUCCAUCGAGCUGUGUGAGAGGGAGUUCCAGAGAGGAUCACUCAGCGACUCCAGCUCCUUCAUCGACACGCAGUGCGACAGCAGUGUGAGCAGCUACAGCAAGCAGGACGGCUACGUGCAGUUCGACAAGGACAGCAAGGCCUCCGCCUCCGCCUCCUCCUCAUCCCACUACUCCCAGUCCUCCUCCCAGAACUCAGACCUCACACGGCCCCUCCAGAAGCGCAUGCAGACCCACGUCUGA